AUGUAUCCAGGCCGGCAGGGCUCGCCGCGCCGUGACGUGGGAAGCCAUCGCGACCGCGACCGCGACUACGAUCGCCAUCGCGAGCGCCGCAGCCGUAGUCGUAGUCGCAGCGGAGACUACAGUCGGAGUCGCAGUCGCAGCCCUCGCGCGCGCCGCUUUGAUGACAGAGAUGGCGAUUACCGCCGGUCGAGGAAGGAUUCCCCCGGUCCCCCAAGAGACUUGAACUACGACGACGAGGACGGCGCUGAAAACACUGGCGCUGACUACCACCGCCGCGCUGACCGGGAUCACGAUCGCGCGCCAAGAGGCAAUCGUUAUGACAGCAAUACAGGUUACGGCAACGACCGCUGGAGCUAUGGACAGGGACGAGGUUCAGGCCGUGGCCGCUACGAUCAUGAUGCCUCUUCCCACGGACUAGAGCCUCGCCCUGAAAGGGGUUGGGGUGAUCCGCGGGAUCGUGGUGAUAAUACAGAUCCGGAGGCACCCGUGGCUCAUUCACAGUUUUCGCAACCAUCUCGCGCUCGCGCUCAGUAUGGGGCCCGAGGAGAUUUCCAUGGUCAUCCCGGAUCAGGGUCUGCUCGAGCCUACCGUUAUACUGAUGAGAUGGAGCAUGCUGCGCUGCAUCAGUCUGCUGAUCUUUGUCAUGAUGAUGAGCGCCAACUUACUGCUUCUGGCCACACACGGUCCUCUGGCCACGGCCACCGCGGUAGCGAGUAUCCUGAUCACCGUCAUCAGGGUUCUUCCCGCCAUCACCACGGCUCCGGGAAGGUGUUAAUUCUCGAAGGCCUCCCCGAGGAUGCCACUGAGCGUGACAUCCUCUACGGUCUCGAUUAUGUUACUAGGGACCGUUAUUUUUCUACCGAUCAGGUGAGGCUCGCUCGGUUACGACACGAACAUAAUGGUCGCCGCAUCGCCAUUGUUGAGUUUCAUCGCCGUUCUGAUGCCGAACACUUUUACGGCCGAUAUUAUCCCACCAUCUCCUUUCGCCUGGAGCAUUCCCGUGGCCUAGACUCAGACCCUAUCACUGUGAGAGUCGAAGUUCCUAGACAUCGUGAUGAUAUCGAUUCUACACGAGAAACACGUCGAGAUGGAGACGAUUGGGAGUGCAUCAAGUGCCGCGCAAUUAACUACCCUCACCGAGCCGUGUGUUUCAAGUGCAAAACGGAGCGUCCAGAUGGCUACGAUUCUGGCCCCGUUUUGACCGGCGAGACCGACGAGUGUCCUCAGCAGACACCGUCUCAGUAUAUCGUGGUCCGAGAACUUGAGGGGUCUGUCACCGAAGAAGUUCUCGCUAAGGGCGUUAUGAAGUUGUUUGUUGAGAAUCCGGAGCCUCCGAAAGAGACAACCGCCGGCACAACCACCACCAAGCUGAAAUCCACGGCCCCUACCAACAACACAGCCAGCCUCGGUGCAAGACCUGGAUCUCUUCGUCGUGUCUUUUUGAUGCGCGACAAGAAAACGAACGAGUCGUGGCGGUAUGGGUUUGCCGAGUUCGCCACAGUCGAAGACGCCAAAGGUGCAGUCGCAAAAUUCCGCGCGUCGCCCAAAUUUACCAUCUCGUCCAAGCCUGUUGUGGUCGCUUUCAUCCAUACCGGCGUCUUCGUUCCCGCCUUCGACAUGGGACCUACGGAAAAUGAGGCGUACUCCUUCACUCCAAUCUACAAUCCGAAUGUACGUGUCAAGUACUGGGAUGAUCGCGCAUAUCCGAGUGCGCAUGUCGUCUCGACCGAGCCUCUGCCAGGUGUUCCGAGCCCGGAGAAGGCCGAAGGCGAUGAUACAAAAUCUGGGACAGCAGCAGCACGACCCGUCAAGAAGACCAAGAAGGAGAAGGACGCUGCUCCUGGAAGCAAGAUUGCCAUGAUACCCCAGAUGCAGCUUUGGGCCAAGGCGUCGGCCGAGCUUCAUGGGCUGAAGCAAGGAGAGGGCGCAGAAUCUGGUGCGGACGGGGCUUUGGUCUCGGAACGGGACUUCCUUGCCGGUGCUGUUUCUGGUGCUCUCCGUGAGGCCGACCAGCCCGACGGUCCAGUCACCCCCCAAUGGGGCGACCAGUACCAGUCGUAUGCAAACUGGGAUAGCAUGACCUGUCUCGUUUGCGGUUGGGAGGCUCCGACGCAGGAGCAAAUUCAAGAGAAAGGCCUGCCCCAAACUCGCGGCGAUCUCCUCAUCGACCACGAGAGACGCGCUCACCAGCUGUACAAGGACCCUGAGGUCCGCGAGAAGGCGGCCGCGGCUCUUGCUGCUCUCAACAAGACCCCUCGAACCAUUGUGCGCCGCACUCCGAGGCUCAAGUCCGAACAACUUCCCGUGUACAAGUCCUAUGCCGACUUUGACACCUUGCGCUGUGUGCUUUGCCGUCGCGUCUUCAAGGAUGCGCGGCUAAUCUGGCUGCAUGAACAGCAAAGCGAGCUGCACAAGCGCAUGCUAGCCUCGCCCGAGAACCGCGCGCGUGCCGCGGCCGAAUUCAAGGCCAUGGGCAAAAAAAUGCGCAUCCUUGAGCCGGACGCUGAGUUCAAGAAACGCUGGGAGCAAGCACGCGGCAGCGUCCAGAUCCAGCUGCAGCCACAGUAUCGCGACCGGGCUCUCGAACGUCGCAAGGCCUUUGGUCAGCCGAAACAGCCCACUAUGACGACUAGUACCAUACCCGAGAAGCGCAAGGAGUUUGCUUCCACCUCUGCUGCGGCCGAUGAUCACGAGAAAGACGUGCCGUUGGCCAAGAAAUCCAAGGGUGCCGGGAUCUUGGCCAAGAUGGGCUGGACCGAGGGGACCGGUCUGGGUGCUGAGGGCUCUGGCCGUACUGAGGCCAUCGCCACGGAAGCGUAUGUGCCAGGCGUCGGGUUGGGCGCCGAGGGCGGCAAGCUUGGUGACGCCACUGAGGAGGCUACUCGUAGUCUGCGUGGUGGCUUCCAGGCUUUCGUGGAGAAGACGAGGGAAAAGGCUAGGGAGAGAUUUGAAAAGCUGGGACCAUAA